AGUUAUUUAGUCUGUGAAUUCCUGUAUUCGCGAAAAUGUGAAAUGUAUAAAGUGGAAACUAUUUCAAUGAAGUUAGAUUAGUGUGCUAAAAAUAAAAUGAGAGUAUAGUUAAUCUGAAGGGGUGUGCAGUUGAUAAUUGUUGUGUAUUCAUUGCGAUAGUCACGAGAUGCGACAUUAUAUGGGAUAUAAAUACAUACCGUCUAACAAAGGAUCGUGAGUGAACUAGUGAAAAUAAAUCAAUUGUUUCUUCUAUCAGCGAGAGAACUGAAAUAACAAAUUUUUAAAUUUCGUUAUUACAAUAUUCGCGAAUUUUGUAUGGAGAACAACAAAACAAACAAAUUACAAACUGUAUUCUAUGAUAUACAGCUUGAAGGUUAUAAGAUGAGUCAGUUCGUUAUUGUUAUUUAGGUUAGAAAAGUAUAAUUCAUCAAAGAUGAUUAUUAAAGGUGUAAAUCACUCAGUUGCUAAGGAAAGUGCUGAGAAAUCAAAUUCUUCAAAAAACAAUCUUUUAACAGAAUUUUCGAUGACUGAUUCACUAAUUGAUGGUACAGAUGAACAGAAGAAACGAUAUUUAGUAAAAGAUACAGGAUUGAAUUCAUAUUUAAGAUAUGUAUUGCCAUGUGAUCUUAUCAGAUUGACAUUGUCUAUUAUUUUGUGUUGUGCUUUUCUAUUGUUUAUCACAAAGACUAAAUAUAUUCUUAUUGAGAAGUAUAGCAUAGACAUAAAUUCUGUUGAUGAUAAUGGAACUGUCUUAGAAGCAGGAUUCAUGUCAAUCGAUGUUUCUAAUACCAUGUUUGGUGAACAAGGAUAUCAAUAUGAUAUAUCGUAUGUGGAGGAAGUAUUUAAAACAUCUAAAACUGUACAGCAAUGUCAAAAUAUUCCAGAAUAUUUACGUUUUAAUUGUCAUCCUGAAAAUGGUGCAUCAGAAUCAUCAUGUUUAGGCAGAGGUUGUUGCUGGAAUCCACAACAAAGCCAAAUAUCGACUGUUAAACGUGAUCCUUUGAGCUUUCCAUACUGUUAUUAUCCGAGGGGUUGGAGUUUAUACGAGUACAAAAAUUACACUCAAAUUGAGAAUGAUUUCUAUGGAAUUCUUCAGUUAAAAGGAAAUUCUUUUUAUAAAAAAGAUCUAGCUCUGCUUAAAGUGGAAGCUAGCACAGUAGAUGACUCGAUUUUACGUAUAAAAAUAAGCGAUUCGUUGAAAAAUCGAUAUGAACCACCGUGGCCAAUCAGAACUAAUCACAAACCAUUUACAAAACAAAACAUUGAUACAAAAUAUACACUAGACAUCGAUAAAAUCAAGCCUGGAUUCAGAGUAAGAAGAAACUCUGACAAUACAGUGCUAUUUGACACGAUCGACGUCGGAGGUUUCAUAUUUGCAGAUCAAUUUUUACAAAUGAGUGCUCUUUUGCCAACACAUAACAUUUAUGGUAUUGGCGAACACAGAUCGAGUUUAAAAUUGAACACAUACUGGCAGAUUUUUACAUUGUUCAACAAGGAUCAGCCUCCAUCGGAAAAUGCAAAUUUAUAUGGAUCUCACCCUUUUUAUUUGAUGGUUGAAAAUUCUGGGAGAGCUCACGGAGUUUUGAUGCUGAACAGUAACGCUAUGGAUAUAAUAUUACAACCAUCGCCUGGAAUUACUUUUCGAACAAUCGGUGGUAUUUUCGACAUAUAUUUCUUUCUGGGACCGAGUCCAGCGGAUGUAAUAAGACAAUAUUCAGAAAUAGUGGGAAAACCAUUUAUGCCUCCAUAUUGGUCAUUAGGUUUUCACUUAUGCAGGUAUGGUUACGGAAGUUUAGAAGGAACAAAGAAAGUUUGGAAUCGAACCAUCGCAGCCGGAAUUCCAUUUGAUACACAAUGGAACGAUUUGGAUUAUAUGGAAAAAAACAAUGAUUUCACAUACAACUUAGAAAAAUUCAAGGAUCUACCGAAAUUUCUGGAGGAACUUCACUCGAGGGGAAUGCAUUAUAUCCCGCUGAUCGACGCCGGUAUAUCUGCCUCGGAAGCCCAUGGAUCUUAUUUACCAUACGACGAAGGCAUAAAGAAAGGUAUAUUUGUGAAAGAUGAAGAAAGUAAACCAUUUAUCGGAAAAGUUUGGAAUUACGGUUCCACGGCAUGGCCUGAUUAUACAGAUCCCAAGACAAGCGAAUAUUUAUUGCACAUGAUGAGCAAUAUGCACGAGAAUUUUUCAUACGACGGAGCAUGGAUCGAUAUGAACGAACCAUCAAAUUUUUACGAUGGUCAUAAAAACGGAUGCUCGAAUAAUAAUUUGGAUAAUCCAGUGUAUGUACCCAACGUGAUAGGCAAUAAGCUCGCAACGAAAACACUGUGCAUGAAUGCUAAACAUUAUUUGGGAUUACACUACGAUCUUCAUAACACGUAUGGUAUAAGUCAAGCAAUAGCUACGAAUAACGCCCUGACCAAGAUUCGCAAGAAAAGACCGUUUAUUAUUUCACGAUCGACUUGGGUAGGGCAUGGGCAUUAUGCCGGCCAUUGGACUGGGGACGUAUUUUCUACAUGGCAUGAUUUGAGAAUGAGUAUUCCAGAGGUUUUGUCGUUCAGUUUCUAUCAAAUACCAAUGGUUGGUGCGGACAUUUGUGGAUUUAACUGGAACACUACGGCCUCGCUCUGUAACCGUUGGAUGCAGCUUGGCGCAUUUUAUCCUUUCUCUCGUAAUCACAAUUCCGACGACACUAUAGAACAAGAUCCAGUUGCCAUGGGUGAGUUAGUCGUACGAUCGUCGAAACGCGCCCUCGAGAUACGAUACCGACUCUUACCUUAUUUGUACACGUUGUUCUUCCGAGCGCACAAAUUUGGAGACACCGUGGCACGUCCGUUAUUUUUCGAAUUUCCGGAUGAUCCGAUCACUGUUGAUAUCGAUACACAAUUUCUAUGGGGUGCUUCUCUGAUGAUUGCUCCAGUUUUAGAGGAAAAAGAGUUGAAUGUGUCUGCUUACCUUCCGCAAGGAAUAUGGUAUGAUUACUACACAAAAGAAGAUCUAUCCAGUGAUGUCGGCCAAUGGCGCACGUUGGAUGCACCGCUCGACACCAUACCGUUAAUGAUUCGCGGAGGUUCCAUUUUACCUGCGCAGAAGCCAGCCUCCACUACAACCGCUAGCAGGAAAAACAAUUUCGAGUUGUUGGUCGCAUUGGACAAAAACCAAACUGCGAAAGGAGAAUUGUAUUGGGAUGAUGGUGACAGUUUAGACACGCUCGAGAAGGGACAAUUCGUGUGGUUAUUGUUCAGCGCAGAUGGCAACAUCCUCUCUUCCCUUAGACAGGAGAAAAAUACAUUUAUGGAGCCGAUGAUUCUCGAUCAAAUACAAAUAUGGGGUGUUGCGUCGAAUGUCACGAAUGUUCUGUUGAAUGGUCGUGAGAUGAAGUACCAGUAUAACAGUACAGAAAACAGCUUGACUACAAGCAACUUGCGGACCGAUCUGAGGAAAGAUUUCAAGCUGGAAUGGAAAUACGAUCGAUCGCACGAACCGACAAUGAUCAACGACGAUUACGUUACGGUCGUUGCAAUCGCCGACGAUAAUGCUCGUGCCACAAUCUUUUGAAUCAUCGUUCCCCGCGAGAUCACGCGAGUCCGUUUUCAUUUCUUUUCUACCAGUAUAGUAUAUCGAAACACGAGCCGUUUUUUUUACUUGCAAAUGUAUAUUCGCUAAAUCGCAUGUAUGUUUUCGUACGCGUUCAAAUAUAAAUACAUAACAUAUAAAGAAAAAACAUUUUUAUUCGAAUCACCGUUCUAUCGUACAAGAAGUACUACCGCGUAGCGUACACACUGAGCAGUACAACGCAGGACAGUAAUAUUUAUGGCACUAAUGGAAAACAAUAAAUAGAACUUUGAAUCUUUCA